GCCAAUGCCACGCGAGGCAUAGCUUGAUGACCCUGAACCUGGUCAUCUCUGACCUUCAUGGCGGACACGCUGAUUUCACUAGGGCACUUUUGCGAGAUCCAUGGGCCGCAAGCACUGCUGACGACAUCGGUGCAAUCGCCGACUGCCACAUCGGCGCCGCCAAACGAGACGGGCACGAGUUGCGCCAACUGCUCUUACAACGUGCCCGCCGCAACAACAACUCCACCAGUCCUACGCAGCAAGUGGCGCGACUCUACCUUUGCUACCACUCGAGCUCCUUCGAACCCUCUACUCCGUGAUGCCUGUACGAGAGCGUUGGCCGUGGAGUCCUUGCCUCGAGGACAGAGCUCCGGCUCCAUGACCUUGACUACCGAUCUGGCGACACAAGGACCAAAGGACCCAAGAACAGUCAACGUGGCACAUGUCUUCAGACUACCAGAUCCAAGAGCCAGGGGUCAAAGAAGAGCGUAUGCAUUCGUAGCUGUGGGCUCGCGUCCCCUGUUUCGACACCAGACGGCUGUUCGUCGUGCCUUUGAGGCAUGGGCAAAGUCUAUCGUCACGCUGGCCGAAACACAUCUCACAACCCUACAACAAGGAGAGAGCACAGAAGCCUCGCCAAUAGAAUUGUCUGCUGCGAAUGUCGGAUCCUUGCGUAGCUACAGUUCAAGUGCCACACCUUCACCACCCAUGUCCAUGGGCUCCGCUGAACGAACACCACCGUCCUUAUCUCCUCCACAACCCCAGCGCACCCACUCGCAAGCCUCUUCCUUCACCUCCUCGACGAGUCAUCCUCAAAACCAAGCUCCCACAUCAGCAGCCGUCACACCCGUAUCCAGUUUCCUUUCUGCCAAAUCCGUAGACCCAGAUGGCUAUCCUCGCUCCUCUCUCUCCGCGGCUUCCCCACUGGCAAAUGUACCCAAGACUCGCAGUCUGGCUGAGAUUGUUGGUGACGAGUACUUUUUCGUGCGCUUGCACGCUGAAUUCUGCAGCUUACUCAAACUCUUGAUCGAGCGCGAGAUUGCGGAGAGGGGCCCCGACCUGGAUGAUGACAAUGACGUUAUUGACGAAGAGGAUCAGAGAUAUGGGAGUGGGAGCGAUGACGAUGCUGUGCAGAGUGGUGAUGACGAGGAUGAUGGUUGUGUUGUUGGUUGGAACAGACAUUGAGAGAUCUGGUGUAGACCCUUGGGACACGAACUUGAUGAGAACUAUGACUUCAAUGAUUGAGAUUGCUUGAGAGCCGGUCUAUGUAGCUACGAGACAUGAUAUUUGAAAAGCAGAGUGCACUCGUGAGCUGAAUAUUCGUAAAUCAGAGCAGAUCCGAC